AUGGAAGAAAAUCAUGGAAAGUUUAGUGAUGCUAUUGCAUCAGCUUCUUCUAUUCCAUGGCAAGAAAGGUCUGAAGGGGUGGAAGUAGAGAAUCAUGGAGAGUUUGAUAAUGUUGCUGGAUCUGCUUCUCCCAUUCCAUGGCAUUCAAGUUCUAGAAGGAUGAAAAUUGACGAAAAUUUUGGAAAUUUUGGUGAUGCUGCUGCAUCAGCUUCUUCUAUUCCGUGGCAUGAAGAGUCUAAAGGAGUGGAAGUUGAAGGGAAAGAUGGAGGGAAUAAUGAUUUUUCAGGAUCUGCUUCUCCAAUUCCCUGGCAAGUAAUGUCUAGUUGGAUGGAGAGUGAGGGAAAUCAUGAGAAGUUCAAUGAUGUUUUUGGAUCAUCUUCUAUUCAAUGGGAAGAAAGCUUUAGAAGCAUGGGAAUUGAAGAAAAUCAAGGAAAUUUUACUGGAUCUGCUUCUCCGGGUUCCUGGCAAACAAUGUCUCAGGCAACAGAAAGUGAAGAAAAUCACAGAAUAUUUAAUGAUGCUCUGGGAUUAGCUUCUCCAGUUCCAUGGCAUUUGAGGUCUGAAAGGAUGGAAGGUGAAGAAAAUCAUGGUAGCGUUACCCAUCCUUCACAGUCUAGGCCUCUUCCGGCUGCUGAACCCAAAUCAGAGUCGUUCAAUUCACAGGUUUUCCAGAGCACAUCAUCUCUCUCAUCCCACCGAAGCACAUAUUCUUCAGAUUCUAUUGCAUCAGAAAACAUGAACUUAGAAUCAGAAGAGAUGAGACAAAAGAAGACUUCUGAUGGAUCUUCUUCUGAAAAAAUGAACUCCCCGGAGGAAGAUUCACGAGGAAAUAUGGCUUCCUGUGGGUCUUCUCCAAGACUCAGAAAGAGGGCAACCAGGGAAAAAUAUGCUACUGUUUCUCGUCCUUCACACUUUAGGCCAAUGUCAGUUGAUGAAACUCAGUUUGAGUCACUUGGUUCACGAUCUUUCAAGUCUACAGGGUCUUUCUCAUCACGAACAAGUUUAUUGUCUUCCUUGGACUCUGUUCCAUCAGAAAACUUGAACCUACCCAAGGAAGGUUUAGGGGGAAAUAAGAGUUCUCAUGGUCCUUCUUCUUCAAGUUCACCAUCACCACCAGCUAGAAGGAGAAACGAAGAAGUUUCAUCACAAGCAUUUCAUUCUCGUGGAUAUAGUGUUGGCUCCUUGCUCCAGGAUGGCUUGAAAAGUAACCUGAGGGAUGAAUGGAUUGAUUUGAAUGGAAGUGAGAGUCAAUCUCACAACAAAGAUGCAGGGUUGCAUUUGCAGUCGGACACAGAAAAGCAUAGAAGUUUAGCCAAAGCUCCAGCAAAAGGAAAAUCAGUUAGAACUAGGAGAACUAGUGCACUGACUUCUGAGACAAUGAGAGAAGGAGAUAGGCGCAGUAAGCAAACUGAUGAGAAGGCGGAAAAGAAGCUGGGUAAUGUUGAACCUGUAUUGAUUAGAAGAGAAAAAUUGAGGAAAGGAGGACCCGAUCAUUCUUCCAUAGGCAUCAAUGAACAAAACACCGAUUGUCAUAAGACCGAGGGAACAUUUUCCAGUUAUCCUAGGGGGGAAAAGGAAGAACCGUCAGAGAAUGUGGCUAAAGAAGAGUUAUUUAUUGAGCCUGAAAACGUGAAGAUGAGCUCAGAUGAAGAUAAGAUGUCUGAAUGUGUCAAUGAUUCAGGACUGGAUUCUGAGGUUGAUAAGAAAGCUAGCGAGUUUAUAGCCAAGUUCAAAGCACAGAUUAGGCUUCAGAAAGAAGCAUCAAUGGACAGAUCAAGAGGGCUAAAGACAAUGAAGAGAGUAUUAGGUGAUACCUGA